CACCCGGGCCCCACAAGUCACCAACAGACUGGAAGAAAUCCCCGUGUAGCGGCUGUAAACUGCGGAGUAAGAUUUCCUGGCUCUGUGUGUUGUUCCCUCAGACGCCACCGAUUUCCCCCAGUGUUUUCGGGGUCUGUGAACCCGUCUUUUGAACGGACUGCUUCCCUCAACAUGCCGGGAGGACUCAGAUUUUCAUACCGUCCGCUCAGACGGAUUCUCUGCGUGGCCAGACCACAGAAAACAGCGACGUUAAGAAUAUGCGGCCGCCAGCCGCCCCUGCUGCUCGCUGUGUGCGUGCCCCAGCGGAUGUUCUCGCUGUCGGCCGCGGGGUUCAGGAGCAGCGGGACCAGCAAGGACGGUUCAUCAGGGGACGGGGGACGGGAACCAACCAACGGCAACAACAAGGGCAGCGGCGGGGGGGACAAGAACGGGGGAGACAAGAAGGGACAACUCUGCUGCCCCAAGUGUGGAGAUCCAUGCACACACGUGGAGACUUUUGUCUCCUCUACUCGGUUUGUGAAGUGUGAAAAGUGCCACCAUUUCUUUGUGGUUCUGUCUGAGAUGGACUCCAAGAAAAGCCUGAAGGAACAAACUGCUGAGAGACAAGGCAAGACAAAGAAACCACCACCUGCACCGAAAAAGAUAUUUGAAUACCUGAACAAGUACGUGAUUGGCCAGGACCAAGCUAAGAAGGUGUUAUCCGUGGCUGUGUACAACCACUACAAGAGGAUCUUCACCACAUCUCCUGCCCCCUCCAGCACUGGUCCCACAGUACGGGCACAGACUGUGGACUCCAUAGACCGCCAGUCAGGGAACACCCAGGCCACCUUUACACCUAGAGAGCUGCUACAGAUAGCAGGUAUCAGCCACGGCAGUGCCCUGGGACCCAACCUGCACCAGCAGACCCCUCCCCCUGAACAGGAGAAACGCUCGGCCAGCGACAUCCUGGACUCUACCUCAGAGGAGAUCCGAUUGGAGAAGAGCAACAUCCUGCUGUUAGGACCCACAGGGUCAGGAAAGACCCUGCUGGCCCAGACGCUGGCGAGAUGUCUGGAUGUGCCGUUUGCGAUCUGUGACUGCACCACGCUGACUCAGGCUGGGUACGUGGGGGAAGACAUCGAGUCUGUCAUCGCCAAGCUGCUGGCUGACGCUAACUACAACGUAGAGAAGGCACAACAAGGUAUUGUAUUCCUGGAUGAGGUGGAUAAGAUCGGCAGUGUUCCUGGGAUCCACCAACUCAGGGAUGUAGGAGGGAGGGGGUGCAGGCAGGGUCUGCUGAAGCUGCUGGAGGGAACAGUAGUGAACGUUCCCGAGCGCAACACGAGAAAACUGCGGGGGGAGAGCGUACCGGUGGACACCACCAACAUCCUGUUUGUGGCGUCGGGAGCGUUUAACGGGCUGGACAGGAUCAUCAGCAGGAGACGGCAUGAGAAGGUAGGGGCAGUGCCUGGGUUUACCCUAGGUUUCCGGUGCUCCUGCCAACGUCAGCCUGGUCGGCGCGCGGCCACGGCCUCGGAUGUACAGAGCAUGACGGAGGGAACCAACGCGCAGGCCGACAAUGAGGAAAAGGACGCCCUGUUGGCCCACGUGCAGGCGCGAGACCUCAUCGAGUUUGGGAUGAUUCCGGAGUUUGUGGGGAGGCUGCCCGUGGUGGUGGCCUUACAGAGUCUGAGCCAGGCUAUGCUGGUCAGGAUCCUGACCCAGCCUAGGAACGCUCUCAUCCCACAGUACCAGGCUCUCUUCCAGAUGGACAAGGUCCAGUUGGAAGUGUCUGAUGAUGCACUAGAAGCCAUCGCACAGCUGGCUCUGGAGAGGAAGACAGGAGCCAGGGGACUCAGGGCCAUCAUGGAAACCCUCCUGUUGGACCCCAUGUUUGAGGUGCCGGGUUCAGACAUAGUCGGGGUCAGGCUGGAGAAGGAGAUGAUUUUGGGACAGAAGCCAGCACAAUAUUUCAGGGCCCCACCAUCAGAGUUUGAAUAUGAAGGAGAAGAUGACGAAAAGCUACAAGCUCACAACCCUUAGGACAAUCCAGCCUCGUAUAUUAGGUUGAUACUUCAAAACAUGCAGACUAUAACAUUGUAUAUUAAAGCCUUACCAACUCCUACACGUGCACCUAUGGUGCAAGGUAUAACAAAAUCCUUAUAGGAAAGGGGACAUGCUACUGAUAGUAAGCUGUAAGGUAUCCUUGUGUGUAUAGAUAGCACAGGGUCCUAUUACAUGUAUUCUGUCAUGUCUAACCUGGCAAAAGCUAAAAGGAAUGGGUGGGGGGGGAGCCUGUGGCCCAUUUUAGAAUGAUCCAAGAGCAAUAAUCGCACAAUGUCAGAUUAUACAUUAUAGAAUGUAGUAGGAAACAAGGGAUAGGGCUAUCCCAUUUGGUAAGUGUAUUGGUGAGGGCAGCUACACAAAAAGUGUGCUCCGAGAUAACUGAUUUCUCGUCACAUGAGCCUGCUGCAACUUUUCUUGCAUUGAAGAAACUUUUAGCAAGGGUUGGUAGCUUUUAAGUUUCAAUUGGUGGAGGAAAAUGCUCACUGAAGGCAAGUGUAAAAUUCAGGAUUCUGUUUGAAAUUUAUCAUCAUGUUAAAAGCAACUUUUUUGAGCACUAAUGAAUAAAAUAGAUAUGUUUCACACAGUGUUGUUUCAUCUGGAAUAGUCCAAAUGUCAUUGGGUCAAGAGAACCAUGGGUACUUUCAGUUUUGUUUUUAAAUGUCCGAAUAGUGUCCUAUAUAAAGCGGUCAGUGUUCAAACUGAAAUUAUGCCAAAAGACAAGUGCAUGCUCAAUAAAGCCUAUUAAUUAGUCAAAAGGAUGAGACUUUGAUACAAAGUACUACCUGUUUUGUUAUCCAGCUUUUGUACAUCACUUUGUACUUCAAGAUGUAAUACAGUGUAAAAAAAAAAGUUAUAGUUGUACUAAAUACAUGUAGAACUUAUAGAUAGCCUUCCUUGGAAACAAAUUUAUCUGGCAGUGUACAGGAAUUACUGCAUUAAAUUCAUACAUUUUGUGCUGCAUGGAUAAAAAUCCUUAGAUUGCACCACCAAGUGACAGAAAAAGAUUGCUGACAAGAGUUUUAACAUGCGCUGAUUUUCGUGACCUUCUUUUUGUUCCCUUCCUUCUGUUCCAGCAGAUUUGGAUGUUGUGGGAAAUGUUUUUUGUUUGCGUGGUACAGUACAACAGGGAUUAAUAUUAUCAUGAAGGAACGUGUAUUUGUAUUAUUAAGUGGCAAAACCAGUCUAGAACAUGUCGAGGCUAAUUUUUGCCUACAUUUGCUGUCUGCAGUUUUAUUUCACUGCAACUUAAGCCACAUAUUCAGUACCGUCUUGUAUAGCAUCUUUAAUGUGUAUAGUGGGAGUGAAAUUAUUUUGAGAUCAGAGAGACUCUUCUGAGUUCUUGGUAAGGUCAACAUUGUCAGUACCACAGUGUAUGUUAAGUUCCAGGUUUGUCAUACAUUGGUAUUAAUAAUGUGCAGCAUGGUAUAUGUAUAAGUCAAUAAUACACUCAAUGCAUCUGACAGGGUUUUAAAAUUUGGCAAACUUUUAGUGUGGACACAUGGCUAAUACCCAAUCAUCUGAAAUCAUACUCAAAGGUUGAUUACGAAGGACUAGAAAUGCCUUUUGUUCCAUUGUAUCUACUAGACAAAAUGUUUUGUUUUUUUGUUAAAAGUGCACAUGGUAUAUAUGUAAUGAAGUCACAUAUUAUUUAGGAUUGCUAGUCUUGGGGGGGGGGGAUAGUCUAAUGCAGAAAAUUCUGAUCUAUAUGAAGUGAUUUGGAAGAUGGUGUAAAAUAAAUGUACAUGUAUGGUACGAAA